GCAUUUUUCUGAAAGAAGCCACCAUGGCCAGGAAGGAAACCAGUUUGCUUCCUAAGCUGGUGAAUGGGGGGAUUGCUGGCCUGGUAGGCGUGAGCUGUGUGUUCCCCAUUGACCUGGUGAAGACUCGUCUCCAGAACCAGCAGAAAGGGCAUCAUCUCUACACCAGCAUGUUGGACUGUAUGGUAAAAACAGUUAGAGCGGAGGGCUUCCUUGGCAUGUAUCAAGGGGCUUCAGUCAACAUGGCUCUGGUCGUGCCUGAGAAAGCCAUCAAGUUGGCCACCAAUGAUUUCUUCAGACAACUGCUCUCUAAAGACGGGAAAAGUCUCUCCUUGGUCAAAGAGAUGUUGGCAGGGAGUGGUGCUGGCCUGUGCCAGGUUAUCAUCACCACUCCAAUGGAGAUGCUGAAAAUCCAGUUACAGGAUUCUGGCCGAAUAGCAGCUCAGAUAUCUGGAGGUUUAAAAGGAACUCAUGCAGCUCCACAGGAUAAAAGGUCGUCCGCAAUGUAUGUUGUCAGUCAAGCACAAACUCCCAGGGCAAUCUCGGCCAUCUCCUUAACCAAGGAGCUCCUUUUAAGCAAAGGGAUACUGGGACUUUACAAAGGUUUAGGAGCCACAUUACUGAGAGAUGUGCCAUUCUCCACGAUCUAUUUCCCACUGUUUGCAAACAUUAACAAGCUGGGACAGAAGGCCACUGGGGAGAAGGUUCAUUUCCAUCAUUCUUUCCUGGCCGGAUGCACUGCUGGCUGUGUGGCAGCUGUAAUAGUCACUCCCUGUGAUGUUGUGAAGACCCGUAUUCAGACACUUCAAAAAGGGAAGGGCGAGGACACCUACAGUGGAAUCUUGGAUUGCGUGCGAAAAAUUUGGAGAAGGGAAGGUCCUUCUGCUUUCUUAAAGGGAGCUGGCUGCAGAGUGUUAGUUAUUGCACCGUUGUUUGGAAUUGCACAAGCAGUUUAUUUCGUUGGAAUUGGGGAAUAUAUUCUGAAUUUACUUUGACGUGGUCUGAAAUAGCUAUCGA